UUUGUCUGAUUAUCUAUCUCUGUCAUCUGUUUGCAAGUUUUGUUGUAUUUGGUAUUUUAUUCCAAGUUUAUAAGUAUUCUUUCAGCGACAAAUUAUUAAAUACAAUUACUGAGACCUUCUCUGUGCGACAACGUUUAUUUUAUUGACAAAAUGAAGUUAACGUCGCUAUCCCUUUUCCUGUAAUUAUCAACUUCAAAUGUUACUAUUGUGAACAAUUUUAUUCUGAUGUGGCCCAAUCAUGACAAGUCUAGUUGUGGCUUCGUUAUCUUAGUUAAUUUUCUUUUAGUAUUGAAUUGAAUAAAUCUAUUGUACGUUAUUGAAAUAAAAAAUGGCAUAUCAGACAAUUCUUCAGGAAUAUAUGCUCAUUCCCCCGGUGACGAGAGCAUACACCACUGCUUGUGUUGUCACUACAUUAGCUGUCCAAUUGGACCUAGUCUCACCAUUUCAGCUGUAUUUUAAUCCAAAUCUUAUAUUAAGAAAAUACCAACUAUGGAGGUUAAUAAGCACAUUCCUUUUCUUUGGAAACCUGGGAUUCAAUUUCUUCUUCAACAUGAUAUUUACCUACAGAUAUUGUAGGAUGCUGGAGGAAGGCUCCUUUAGAGGGCGAACAGCUGAUUUUGUUGUAAUGUUUGUGUUUGGAGGUGUUCUAAUGAUUCUGUGUGCUUUCUUUGUUAACUUAUUAUUUUUAGGACAAGCAUUUACCAUUAUGAUUGUUUACGUAUGGUCACGAAGAAAUGUCUUUGUAAGGAUGAACUUCUUUGGGCUGAUGAAUUUCCAGGCACCUUACCUACCUUGGGUGUUACUAGGAUUCUCAGUGCUCCUUGGCAACGCCAUAUCAGUAGAUUUAGUGGGGAUGGCCAUUGGUCACAUAUACUUCUUUAUGGAGGAUGUUCUGCCAAGACAAAAUGGAGGUCAGAGGUUACUGAAAACACCGAGAUUCUUGAAGAAACUAUUUGAUCCAGCCCCUGAGCCAGAUUAUGUACCACUCCCUGAACUCCAGAACAUGCGGCCUGGGGGCUUUGACUGGCGCCGUCGGCCUGAAGAAGAAGAAGACGACGCGAGAUAAAACUUAACAGUGACUGUAUACUCCUAAUAUAAUGCAAUUUUAAAGCCAAAAUAUUUAUUUAAGAAUAUUAUAUUUCUACCCUUUUAACUUUCAGAUGAAAUGCUCUUUAUUGUAAACAAUUAAAUACAAAAUCUAGUCUAUAUCCAAGUUACUCAGAGGAUAUAGUAAGUGGAAAAAUGAUUAAGAGCUUAAUUACAAAGUUACUGUAGAUAUUGUUUUCUGGGGAUUGUGGUUUAGAUGUUAAUUUUUCAAUGCAAAACAAAGAAUUUGUACAAAGCAAUGCAGGCGUGCUGACGCCAUUGCAAUGAAUUGAUAUAAGUAUUUUGUGUAAAAAGAUAAUUGUUAAGGGUCUGUUAAUUGUGAAUACAAAUGAUUGAUGAAUACAAAUAGUUUUACUGCAGAGAAGGAUCUUAUUGUUCCUAUAUUUGGCUGAUAAUGUGCGAAAUUAUAAUUGUUCGAAACUGACAAGAUGUGCUCGAUAAAUACCUGAGUUUUAGUUUCAUAAAAAAACAAGUUUAUAGUCUUUUUGAAUCAAUUAUCGUUCAUUAACACAGCACCAAAACAACUUAACUGCGUGCUUAAGAUAUCAUAUGGUUGAAAAGCGUAAUAUUCAACGCAUGGACGAUAUAAACUCUUCAGCAUAAUGAAACUGAUAAGCU